AGUGACCGUCUCCUGAUUAAAGGGGCUAAGAUUGUGAACGAUGAUCAGUCGUUCUGUGCCGACAUCUAUAUGGAGGAUGGCCUGAUCAAGCAAAUUGGAGAAAAUCUAAUAGUGCCCGGUGGGGUGAAAACCAUCGAUGCCCAUGGGCGCAUGGUGAUGCCUGGUGGUAUUGAUGUGCACACACGCUUCCAGAUGCCUGACAGGGGUAUGACUGCUGCUGAUGACUUCUACCAAGGCACCCGUGCUGCUCUGGCUGGAGGAACCACCAUGAUCGUUGAUCAUGUGGUGCCUGAACCCGGGACGAGUUUGAUCUCAGCCUUCAAUCAGUGGAGGGAAUGGGCAGACAGUAAAGCAUGCUGUGAUUAUUCUCUUCACGUGGACAUCACUGAAUGGCACAAGGGUGUUCAGGAGGAGAUGGAGGCACUCGUCAAAGACCAUGGCGUUAACUCUUUCCUCGUCUACCUGGCCUAUAAAGACUUUUUCCAGCUCACUGAUUCACAGAUCUACGAAGUGUUCAGUGUAAUUCGGGACCUCGGGGCCAUCGCUCAGGUCCACGCUGAGAACGGAGACAUCAUAGCCGAGGAGCAGCGCAGGAUCUUGGACUUGGGUAUUACUGGACCAGAGGGACAUGUCCUCAGUCGUCCAGAGGAGGUGGAGGCGGAGGCAGUGAACCGCUCUGUAACAGUCGCCAAUCAGACCAACUGCCCACUUUACAUCACUAAGGUGAUGAGCAAGAGUGCCGCUGAUGUCAUCGCCCAGGCCAGGAAGAAAGGCACCGUGGUGUAUGGAGAGCCUAUCACAGCGAGUAUUGGCACGGAUGGAUCACACUAUUGGAGCAAGAACUGGGCCAAGGCUGCCGCCUACGUCACGUCUCCACCCUUGAGUCCAGAUCCCACCACACCAGACUAUCUCAACUCACUGCUGUCCUGUGGGGAUCUGCAGGUAACAGGAAGUGCUCACUGCACCUUUAACACAUCCCAGAGAGCUGUUGGUAAAGAUGACUUCACCCUCAUCCCAGAGGGCACCAAUGGCACAGAGGAAAGGAUGUCCAUCAUCUGGGACAAAUGUGUGGUAACAGGAAAAAUGGAUGAAAAUCAGUUUGUGGCUGUCACCAGCACCAAUGCUGCUAAGAUCUUCAACCUGUAUCCGCGCAAGGGCCGCAUUGCUGUGGGCUCAGAUGCCGAUCUUGUUCUGUGGGACCCUGAUGUUACGAAGAUCAUCUCAGCCAAGAGCCACAAUCUGGCAGUGGAGUACAACAUUUUCGAGGGUAUGGAGGUGCGUGGAGUGCCCCUGGUGGUCAUCAGUCAGGGCAAGAUUGUGCUGGAGGAAGGAACCCUGCACACCACUGAAGGGUCCGGACGCUUCAUAUCCCGCAAACCCUUCCCUGACUACGUUUACAAGAGGAUAAAGGCCCGCAGCAGGCUUGCUGAACUGCGGGGCGUCCCGCGGGGUCUGUACGACGGGCCGGUCUGUGAAGUGUCAGUGACGCCCAAAGCUGUGACGCCUGCUUCCUCUGCUAAAACCUCUCCUGCCAAGCAGCCCGGGCAACCCGUCCGCAACCUGCACCAGUCCGGCUUCAGCCUCUCUGGUGCUCAAGUUGAUGACAACAUCCCUCGCCGCAACACCCAACGCAUUGUGGCACCCCCUGGUGGCAGAGCCAACAUCACCAGCCUGGGCUAAACUAGUCCUCCAUCCCACAGGAGGGCAGGGCGUUGGGGGAGAGAGGUGUCAAUAAACGAAGGUGUUUGCCCAAACCACCGCAUCAAAUCACGAACCGAACCCUCCACAGGGCCUAUGAUUCUGCACUCUCUACUCUCCUAACCCCUGAUCUCUUACCCUCAUUCCCAUUGUUUUCCCUUUCCCAACCCUACACCACUUCCUAAAGGAGACAUCUAGACAAGAAAAAAAGAGUAUUCGCCUCAUAUGAAGAGAGAAGGAAACAAAUCCACCAUCCACAUUUGAGCACUUCUGAUUGUAUGAUUUUUAUACUGUACCUUCUACCCGCCACGAGUCAUGUUAUUAUUUUUUGUAUUUAACUUUAUUUGUUUUUUUGGAAAUCAGAGGGAUCAAGUGUGUGUACUAGAAGCUGUUUACUCAUUAACAAGAGCAAGGGUUUAGCAUACUGAGUUUCUUGUUUCAUUGUUUGUGGCUAUAAGUCGAUUAAAUUAGGAAUUUAUUUGAUUUUUUUUAUACACUUUGUACUCAGUUUACAUCAGUGUCAUCAUUAGAUUAUAUUCCACCCGUGCCCUUUUCCUUGGCAUUCAGUGCGAUCAUUUCUGUACCAGUCAAUAAAAGGAAGCUUUUCCAGUGGUCGCUAAUUAAAAACCAUGUGUCGUUUCACAACCAGAGAUAUUAAA